UACAUUUGACAACACUGCGUAAACAGCGUCCUUUUUCCGGUUGCUUGUGGUGAGGGACCGGACGUUACAGUCAUGGCCGAUUGGGACGAGGAGACGGCGGCCGACACGGCCGUCGCCGCCGGAGAUGAGGAGAUGGCGCCGCCCACGGCCGACAUGCCCGAGAUCCACCUGUUCGGCAAGUGGUCGUGCGAGGACGUGCAGGUGCCCGACAUCUCGCUCCAGGACUACAUCGCGGUGAAAGAGCGUCACGCCCGCUACAUGCCCCACUCGGCCGGCCGGUACGCGGCCAAGCGGUUCCGCAAGUCGCAGUGCCCGAUCGUGGAGCGGCUCACGGACUCGCUGAUGAUGCACGGCCGCAACAACGGCAAGAAGCUGAUGGCCGUGCGCAUCGUGAAGCACGCUUUCGAGAUCAUCCACCUGACCACGGGCGAGAACCCGCUGCAGGUGCUGGUGACUGCCAUUGUCAAGUCGGGCCCGCGCGAGGACUCGACCCGCAUCGGUCGGGCCGGCGCCGUGCGUCGUCAGGCCGUGGACGUGUCGCCGCUGCGUCGCGUCAACCAGGCCAUCUGGCUGCUGUGCACGGGCGCGCGCGAGGCUGCCUUCCGCAACAUCAAGUCGAUUGCCGAGUGCUUAGCCGACGAGCUCAUCAACGCCGCCAAGGGCUCCUCCAACAGCUACGCCAUCAAGAAGAAGGAUGAGCUGGAACGUGUGGCCAAGUCGAACCGUUAGCUAUACGCGCUGUGUCGCCGCGGUGCGGAAAUACAUCGGACUGCGGAGAGAG